AUGUUGUCGCAACCGGAUAUGAACAGUCUGCUGCACAACAUGCGUGCACAGAUUCAGGCGUUGACGAAUCAGCUCGCCAAGAUUCAGGCUACCCCAGCAGCGGAAUUUACGGUUGAGCAAAAGUUCAACAAGAAAGUCAAGAUCGUCGCUGACCCCGGCACUUUCGAAGGAGAUAGGGCGCAAUUUGCCGAAUGGUGGAUCAAGCUCCAGAUUUGGAUCAAAGCAAACUGGGAUGCGUUCGCUGAUGAUUUUGAAAUAGCGACGGCUGUGCUGUCAAGACUAAAAGGACCUGUGGCGGGUCGAUACACCCAAGUAAGAAUGCAGGAGUGCCACACCGCGAGAGUGUGGCCUACCUGGGAUGAUCUCAAAGUCGAGAUCAAAAAAUAUUUCAAACUGCAAGCUGAGCGUGACUGGGCGCGUCAGCAAAUCUGGUCCUUCAAACAAGGCAACAUGAGGACGGAUGAUUUUGUAACCCGGUUCCUGGCCCUCUCCAUCCAAGGGGGACUAGGGAAUGAACAUGCAGUGGAUAUUGGCGCGGUCCAGGGCGGACAGAUGCGUACAUUCAAGGGGAACUGCUACAAUUGCGGUCAAGGGGGACACAUGUCCCGAGAUUGCAGAAACAAGGCGUGCCAACUAGAAACAGAGAAACUGGACGAUUGGCUCCAGACUCUGGCUGGUUGUUCUUACGACAAGAUCCGGGUCUUCUUCUACGAUCAGCAGGCCGCUGAGAUGAAGGCUCAGGGAAAAAAGUUUGGAGCUUAG